UGUUUACAUUUUUCUUUUUCCUUUUUUUUAAUGUGACCAUUGAGAUGUUUAGAAUACCAUGUGAGGCUCACCUCAUCUUUCUACUGAACGGUCCUGGUCUAGAUAGUUUCAGGCUAUUUACUAUGACUGACAUGUGUUUUGUCAUCUUUUUGUUUUUGAUGAUGGUGAUGGCGAUUGAAUUUAUGUAGUAGAUUUUUCUCCAAGGAGCUGAGUCUAUGAUAUAUUGACUGAGACGUCCAAAUAUAAUAAUGUCAUGUGUGAUCAAGCUUAAUACAGCUCAGAGUUAAGAGGUAUUGGGUGGCGGAAAAAGCACAGAAAACUGCCUCAUUUACUAGAGGCGUUGUGUCAUUAGUCAUGUUCCUUUAGAAAGGCUUACAGAACAGAUAAAGAGGGCUCUGAGUUGGAGAGGUAGGCAGAGCUAGCUUCACAGGUAAUGACAGCGUAGGACAGGAUUUCUGUGGGAAUCAGCGACAGCAAACCUCAAAGAUCUCUUUCCAUAAUCUACUUAGUGAAGAAGAUUCUAUUGUUUUGUGCCAUUGCCACCUCUUGCAUGUUAAAAUGGUUUUAUCCUACACUGUUUGCCCUGAUGGAAUAUUGGUAACUUUAGGGUGCCUCUUUUUUAUCUCUGUCGGAGGGAUGUGGACAAGUUCACUCCAUUUAAUAACAUUGCAUUAAUUCACGGCACAGAGCAAGCAGAGGAGUUUUUCUUUGUGCCACGUUAUGACUCGAAUUUCUGCUUGCAGCUUUGCCACAGGGAGGAAGUUAAUGACUAAAAAAUGCACGUCUGCUUUGGCAGGUGAAAAUCUUCAGUGUUAGUUUGUAAACAUUUUAGGCCCCCAAAUGGGAUAUUUGUUAUGUAAUCUAACAGUUUUGCAAGGGAAAACUCUAUCCCUACUGGUUUGAGAGGGAGUUGAGUCAUAUCCUGUGAAUGUGAAGCAAUGGUAUUUAAACAUCACGGGUUCCUCUUACUUUCAUUCUAAGUGGCUGCAGUUCAGAGCAGCAAGUGCUCUCUGUGAAGAGGCUGCUACUCGCCCUGGGAGAACAGCUUCUCUUGCCGGGGCUUCAGUCAAGAAAGCCAGGGCUGAGGAUGCAGUUCUAUAACUGGAGUGAAAGAUGUUUUGUUUCUUUCUAAUCAACUAUGCUAGAUAGCUGCAAGUUGAAAAGUGCCUGUAAUUUGCCAGUUAUUUAUAAUAAGAAAAUACAUACUGCUGGAACCAGUAAUGCAGAUGUCCCUUUGGCUGAUCCCGGAAUGUACCAGUUGGACAUUACAUUAAAAAGGGGUCAAAGUUUAGCUGCCCGAGAUCGAGGAGGGACAAGUGAUCCAUACGUGAAGUUUAAAAUUGGAGGUAAAGAAGUUUUUAGAAGUAAAAUAAUACACAAGAACCUGAAUCCUGUGUGGGAGGAGAAAGCUUGCCUUCUUGUUGAUCACCUCAGAGAGCCAUUGUAUAUCAAGGUAUUUGACUAUGAUUUUGGACUACAGGAUGACUUUAUGGGCUCAGCCUUCCUGGAUCUCACACAGUUGGAGUUAAACAGGCCUACGGAUGUGACCUUGACACUGAAAGAUCCCCAUUAUCCUGACCAUGAUCUUGGAACUAUUUUGCUCUCAGUCAUCCUUACCCCCAAAGAAGGAGAACACAGGGAUGUGACAAUGCUAAUGAGGAAGAGUUGGAAAAGAUCAAGUAAGGAACUCUCAGAAAAUGAAGUGGUUGGAUCUUAUUUCUCUGUGAAGUCUUUCUUUUGGAGGACACGUGGCAGGCCUGCUUUUCCCAUCCAGGGCUUCUGCAGAGCAGAACUUCAAAGUGCUCAUUACCAAAAUGCACACCUUCAGACCCAAAGUUUACGUCUGUCAGAUGUACACAGAAAAUCCCAUCUUUGGAGAGGAAUAGUCAGCAUCACAUUGAUUGAGGGACGAGACCUCAAGGCGAUGGAUUCAAAUGGGUUGAGUGACCCCUAUGUGAAGUUCCGGCUUGGGCAUCAGAAGUACAAAAGCAAGAUUAUGCCCAAAACGUUGAAUCCUCAGUGGAGGGAACAGUUUGAUUUUCAUCUCUAUGAAGAAAGAGGUGGAAUCAUUGAUAUCACUGCGUGGGACAAAGAUGCUGGGAAAAGGGAUGAUUUUAUUGGCAGGUGCCAGAUUGACCUGUCGGCUCUCAGUAGGGAACAGACACACAAGUUGGAGUUGCAGCUGGAGGAAGGGGAGGGUCACCUGGUGCUGCUGGUCACCCUGACAGCUUCAGCCACCGUCAGCAUCUCUGACCUUUCCAUCAACUCUCUGGAGGACCAGAAAGAACGCGAGGAAAUCCUAAGGAGAUAUAGCCCACUGCGGAUAUUUCAUAACUUGAAAGAUGUGGGAUUCCUCCAGGUGAAAGUAAUAAGAGCAGAAGGGUUAAUGGCCGCUGACGUCACAGGUAAAAGUGACCCAUUUUGUGUGGUUGAACUGAACAAUGAUAGGCUGCUAACACAUACGGUCUACAAAAAUCUCAAUCCUGAGUGGAACAAAGUCUUUUCAUUCAACAUUAAAGAUAUCCAUUCAGUUCUUGAAGUGACAGUUUAUGAUGAAGAUCGGGAUCGAAGUGCUGACUUUCUGGGCAAAGUUGCUAUACCACUGCUGUCUAUUCAAAAUGGUGAACAGAAAGCCUACGUCUUGAAAAACAAGCAGCUGACAGGGCCAACAAAGGGGGUCAUCUAUCUUGAAAUAGAUGUGAUUUUUAAUGCUGUGAAAGCCAGCUUACGAACAUUAAUACCCAAAGAACAGAAGUACAUUGAAGAGGAAAACAGACUCUCUAAACAGCUACUCCUAAGAAACUUUAUCAGAAUGAAGCGUUGUGUCAUGGUGCUCGUAAAUGCUGCAUACUACGUUAAUAGUUGCUUUGACUGGGCUUCACCCCCAAGGAGCCUCGCUGCUUUUGUGCUUUUUCUCUUUGUUGUCUGGAACUUUGAGCUCUACAUGAUACCACUGGUUUUGUUGUUACUGUUGACAUGGAACUACUUCUUGAUAAUAUCAGGGAAAGAUAACAGGCAACGUGAUACAGUAGUGGAGGACAUGCUAGAGGACGAGGAAGAAGAAGAUGACAAAGAUGACAAGGACAGUGAAAAAAAGGGAUUUAUAAAUAAAAUCUAUGCCAUCCAGGAGGUAUGUAUCAGUGUCCAGAACAUCCUAGAUGAAGUGGCUUCCUUUGGCGAAAGGAUAAAGAAUACUUUCAACUGGACUGUCCCAUUCUUAAGCUGGCUGGCCAUUGUAGCCCUCUGUGCAUUCACAGUCAUCCUGUACUUCAUUCCACUGAGAUACAUUGUCCUUGUCUGGGGUAUCAAUAAAUUUACAAAAAAGCUUCGGAGUCCAUAUGCAAUUGAUAACAAUGAACUACUUGACUUCCUUUCCAGAGUCCCUUCAGAUGUGCAAGUGGUGCAAUACCAAGAACUGAAACCAGAUCCUUCUCAUAGCCCAUGUAAAAGGAAGAAAAACAAUCUUGGCUAGCCAGCUCCCAGCACUGAGCAUCUGUUUGGGAAGAUAAAAGAAAAAGCCUUCAGCCUCAGCAGCAUUUCCUUUCUUUCUGUUUUGUUUUGUUUUAAAUUUGUCUUUUUAUCAUGAUUGCGAGAAUCUGUAAAUAGUGUACAAAGGUAUAUGUCUUUGAAAAUUUACUUCCACUGUACAGAACCAAUUUGAUAAAGGUUUAGCUCUAGCUAUGUGAAAGCCUUGUUAGCUGUGGAUAAUAAUAUAACACAUUGGAACAACAAAUGUAAGAUUGGUAAAGUUGGGAGAUACAUACUUCUCUAAUUACAAAUGGAAGAACUAGAAUCUUAGAUUAAAUGCUCAGCUGUGCUCUGAUUAAAUCUACAUAAAAUGUAAAUGUCAAUUUGAUUUAAAAUUUUUUUAUGUGACUACUUUUCUUUCUGAAAAAUAAUCCAUUACAGUUUCGUAUGUUUUAUACAUUUCAGUAGGGAGGGUGGAUCUCAGAACCUGAAUAAUGGAACAGAGAUGCAUUUCAACUUAACAUAGAUUCAUUCAGAUCUGUCAUUAAUUCCUGUGCACAUUAUUUAGAUAUGACUAGGCUGAUUUUAAGCUAAUGAGUGAAGGUAUAUUCACCUCCUUAAGAGAAUCUUCCACACACUGAAAUUCCACAAAGACAAUUUCCAAACCUUCUAUCAUUCCAUCUAAAACCUUAAAAUCUCUACUGGACUACACAAAAAUACUGCCAGGUUUAUAAAUGGUUGCCUAUACGAAUUUUUAUACCUACCACUAUUAAUUUGUACCGAGUUAGCAAUUAGCAACCCUAUACCGUUGUCAAAAAUACUAGCAGAUUAAAUCUACAUUGCUUUUGGUGUCAGAUUAUGCCUCUGUGCAUCUAAAAAUAUUUAAUACUCAUGUGUUCUCACAGAAAAAAAAUGUACCUUUCUCAUUAGAAUACUAAAAUGCUUUAGUGCAUAUUAUGAUUUGUUAUUAGCGUGAAUUUUGAUGUAGAGGAGAAUGCAGUGUGCUAAGUAAUAUGCCAGUGUUUUGCUACAUUCAUUUGUAGAAAAAAUCAUCCUUGAAAAUAUGAAUGCAUGAAAACCUAUUUUGUAAAAUAAACUGCUCAUGGGGAAGGGGAGUUUGCCUUUAAUAAUGUUUCACUACUUACCAUAGAAUCUCUACUUAAAAAUUGCAUUCCCAAGACUCUCAUGUAGUUUUUGUACCUUACUUCCUGGUAUAUCAAGGGAGAUAUACCUCUAGAGAGAGAGAGAGAGAAAUAAUUUGGUGAGCAUGUCUUACUUCCCUGACUCAGUAAGGCAUUAAGCUUGGUUGAAAUUGCUGCAGACAAUGUUUUGCAUUACUUUAUUAAUAGACUGGGAUAGGGUUAAGGGGUUGUGCUGGAAAAAUGUAAAAAAGCCAGAAGUGAGAAAUAUGUAUUUCACUCUAAAGGAAAAUUCUUUAAAAAUAAAUUUAAUCUCAUCAAAGUUGAUUUUUAAAGUAUUUUUAUUUUAAAGCUAUUUGUUGUUAAAUACUAUUUCUUAUGAUAGAACUAUUUUGAUCUGUUUAUACACUAUGCUUGAAAGAAUGUCAAUUAAAUUCCCUUUCUUCAGAAAGGCUUUGACCUCAGUAUGCUCUAUUUAGCUCAUCAUGUUUAUAAUGACAUGCUUACAUCUGCAUACCAUCAUUGUUGCUAAGAGUUAAUAUUCCAUGAAGUUGUUGUUACUACACAAAGUUUACUAAUGAGAUAAUUUGAAAUAACUUUGGGUUAUACCUUUUAUGAGAUUUAUGUUUUGUGCUGACAGUGUCUUCUUAACUGUCUACAAGUCUAAUAUUCUAACACCUCAGAUAUACCUAGUGGAUAGUAAGCAUUAACACAUGACUAAUUUCUGUUUGUUUCAUUCUAUCAAAUUUCAGAUGUUUAGUUCAGUGGUAAUGUUGACUGUUCACUGCAUUAAAAGCAUCAUCUUUUCUAAGUA